GCGGCGGUGACGGUGGCGGCGGAGCCAUGCCGCUGGAGGCCAUCCGCUACUCGCGGGGCUCGCUGCAGAUCCUCGACCAGCUGCUACUGCCCCAGCAGAGCCGCUAUGAGGCGGUGGGCUCGGUGACGCAGGCCUGGGAGGCCAUCCGCGCCAUGAAGGUGCGGGGCGCCCCGGCCAUCGCCCUGGUGGGCUGCCUCAGCCUCGCCGUGGAGCUCCAGACGGGCGCCGGGGGGCCGGGUCUUGCCCCUUUGGUGGACUUCGUGCGCGACAGGCUGAGCUUCCUCGUGACCGCCCGGCCCACCGCUGUCAACAUGGCCCGCGCUGCUCACGACCUGGCGGACGCCGCAACUCAGGAGGCGGAGCAAGAGGGCGCCACCGAGGAGGCGGUCCGGGAGAGAGUCAUCCGCUGCGCCGAGGACAUGCUGGAGAAAGACCUCAGAGACAACCGGAGCAUCGGGGACCUGGGAGCCCACCACAUCCUGGAGCGGGCAGCCCCUGGGGGGGGCAAGGUGACCGUGCUGACCCACUGCAACACUGGGGCACUGGCCACUGCUGGCUACGGCACGGCCCUAGGUGUGAUUCGCUCCCUGUACAACCUGGGCCGCCUGGAGCGCACCUUCUGCACAGAGACGCGGCCCUACAACCAGGGAGCCCGGCUGACAGCCUUUGAGCUGGUUUAUGAGCACAUCCCCGCCACCCUCAUCACCGACAGCAUGGCGGCCGCCGCCAUGGCGCACCGGGGAGUGUCAGCCGUUGUCGUGGGAGCCGACCGCGUGGUCGCCAACGGUGACACAGCCAACAAAGUGGGCACCUACCAGCUGGCCAUUGCCGCCAAGCACCACGGCAUCCCCUUCUACGUGGCCGCCCCCAGCUCCUCGUGCGACCUCCACCUGCAGACGGGCCAGGAGAUCGUCAUUGAGGAGCGGCCCGGCCAGGAGCUGACUGACGUCAACGGGGUCAGGAUCGCAGCACCCGGAAUUGAGGUUUGGAACCCGGCCUUUGACGUCACCCCCCAUGACCUCAUCACGGGCGGCAUCGUCACCGAGCUGGGUGUCUUCGCCCCGGCCGAGCUCCGGACGGCCCUGAGCACCUCGGUCUCCUAGCGGAGGGACCCCAGACGGACCGGAUGGAACCACCUCAGCCUUCUACCUUGCCCAUGUCUCUCAGGUUUUAUAAUAAAUUGAUCGAGUGGCCUACCCAAAACUGACCUUCCCCCGGUUCUCUCUAGAGCAGGGAGAGCGGUCAGGGCCUUGCACAGCUCUUCAGAACCCAGCAGCAGGCUGGGGUGGUGGCUCAGUGGUAGAGCACCUGCCUAGCAUGUGCGAGGCACUGGGUUCGAUUCUCAGCACCACAUAUAAAUAAAUAAAAUAACGGUCCAUUGACAACUAAAAGAUAUUUUAAAAAAGAACCCAGGAGCUGCAACUAAGCUGCCCAAUUUCAAAUCCCAGCUCUAUCUCUUUCUCCACUGUGUUAUCUUGGGCAAGUCGCUUCACCUCUCUGUGCCUUUCCUCAAUUAUAAGAUGGGGCUGAUACUAGUACCUCCCUUAAGUAAGUAGCGUAACACCUACUUACUUAAACGACUCCCCAAAACCUUAGUAAUUAAGAGAAAUAAUAUUUUAAUACAAUUUUUUUCUUUUUCUUUUUUCUUUUUUUUCGGGGGGGAUAGGUACC